AUGCCUCCGCCCGUCAAUCUCCCGACUCCAGCUGCCGGCGACACCUUCGCACACAAUGGAAACUUGAAGAUUACCAACGCCGCAGCGAACAUCUUCGUUGUGUAUGACUUCGAUGCAAAGAAGGCCGACCGAUCAACCUCGAGUCUCACCGUAGAGUUUGUCAUGGGAAACGUCUAUCUCAUCGACGCUUCGCUAUGCAGUUACUGGGAAAGCAACCGUAUUUUUGGUAAUCUCGUCAAAGGACUCGGGCUUCCUUUCGAAGGUUGGUUUGAAGGCAACAUCUCCAUUGACACAGUAUACGAUGACAUCGUAUGUGUUGUCGAUGGACAACUCCCCACGUGCUGCUCGAUCGGCACCAUUGCUGGCAAUUUGGUCACCGUUGCUGACCUCACCAUUUCUGGUGGUUUCGGGCAAACGCAGCCUCCCAGUGUCGCAACCAACUACGUUUAUGGAUGCCGCCUACUCGAAUCCCAUCUAUCAUACGGCGGUGGCCUUCAAAGGGCUAGCUCUGCCUGGGCCUCGAUGACAUUCGCUCCUGCAAGGCCAUCCAGCUUGCCCACAAAAGAGCUUCCACACUCCAUCCAGAACAGUACUUCCGGCACCAGUCAUACCGUCAAGACGAGCUUCAUAGAUCUCCAUGAUGCUCCAGGAUUUCGAAAAGCCGAACAGGAGGAGAAGAAAUUGAGAUGCGGCGUGGACGACUCGACCUUUCGUGUUAUCUCUGGCCAAACGACUGCCACUGCAGAACAAGGAAUGCUUCAAGUACCAAGCUUGUACACUCAGCAGGCAGACAAGAGCCCAGCAAUUCAGCACGAUGGUAUUUCUGAUCCAAGCUCCCCACGCUUGAUGUGCGCAAAUUGUUGCAGAGGAGGCCACGAGGCUAAGGACUGUAUCGGACCGGUGGAUGUUGACGGUUUCAUAGCCGCUUGCCCAAUAUGCAAUGUACGCGACCACAUCUUUUCCAGUUGUAGCAAACUGCUUGAGACGAAGAAGAAUGCCAAGAGAGCCCUGCAAUUCUUAUAUCUCGUUCAGCGUCGACAGAACAGGGCCCCCAUUCUAGCGAACACUUGCUGGAUAGCUGUUUGGGCCGCACAAGGCUGCCCCAGAAUACAGCUACCUCAUACGAAGGAGUUCGCCCGGAUGAUUGGCCACGGGCUGAUCCCAGGUUACCCAGACUGGCGAACUUAUGACUACUCCGCACCUUUGUCGCCGCGAGACUCGACCAAUGUCGCCUUACUUCGGGAUCCAAGUACCGAGUAUGAAUACGGAAGACCAUCUGGUCUGUUCCCAGGGACGCAAGGCAUUUCCAUAGGUCAGGGCUACAACGCGGUCAGGGCCAAGAUGCAGAGGUUGGGCAUCAAUCUUUUACCAAAUGCCCCAAACCCGGCAGCUUUUUCGAGGAAGAUGAAGAAGCAAGCUAAGCGGGAUCAAGUCAAGCGAGAUCAUACCAAAACGACACUGGUUCAAGGAGAUGGCAGCCGCUUUGCAACAGGGGCAAACUGCACCAUUGUUCAGAAGUCUCUUCCAGCUUUGCCAGCAAAACCGGUCUUCACCAGCCCCACGAUCGUCAACAUCAAGCAAGAAGCCAUCGAUUAA